ACCGAGGGACGUUUAAAGGCGUCGAAGACACGUGGUAACUCCUCACUUCCUGGUUAAAGAUGGCGGAUGAGAAUGAGACAGCACCGAUGCCGGAGAAAGAAGAUGUAGAGGAUCACGGACAUUGCAGCGACUGUGAAAAUGAAGAACACCACUUUGAUGAUGGGGGUCUGGGUUACGACACUGGCGCCAAGAAGAAGAAAAAGAAGCAGAAAAAGAAGAAGAAGUCUGGUGCUACUGAAGCAGCUAGGGACUCCCUUGCCAAGGUGAAUUCUUUGCCAGCCGAUAAGCUACAGGAGAUCCAAAAGGCCAUUGAACUGUUCUCUGUAGGCCAAGGCCCUGCCAAAACCAUGGAGGAGGCGAGUCGGAGGACUUACCAGUUCUGGGACACACAACCUGUGCCCAAGCUAGGGGAGACGGUUACAUCACAUGGCUCUAUUGAACCUGACAAAGACAACAUUCGAGAGGAGCCCUACAGCCUCCCACAGGGCUUCAGCUGGGACACCCUCGAUCUGGGGAACCCUGCCGUGCUCAAGGAGCUUUACACCCUUCUCAAUGAGAACUAUGUGGAGGAUGACGACAACAUGUUCAGAUUUGACUACUCCCCUGACUUCCUGCUAUGGGCUCUACGCCCCCCUGGCUGGUUGCCUCAGUGGCAUUGUGGAGUGAGGGUCAACUCCAACCAGAAGCUGGUGGGCUUCAUCAGUGCCAUUCCUGCCACCAUUCGCAUCUAUGACAUAGAAAAGAAAAUGGUUGAGAUCAACUUCCUCUGUGUCCAUAAGAAGCUUCGCUCCAAACGCGUUGCUCCGGUUCUCAUCAGAGAAAUCACCAGACGGGUCAACCUGCAGGGCAUCUUUCAGGCUGUGUACACUGCUGGAGUGGUACUGCCCAAACCUGUUGGCACAUGCAGGUACUGGCAUCGCUCUUUGAACCCACGCAAACUGAUCGAGGUGAAGUUCUCCCACCUGAGCAGGAACAUGACUAUGCAGCGCACCAUGAAGUUGUACCGUCUGUCUGAGGCCCCAAAAACUACAGGUCUGAGGCCAAUGACUAAGAAGGAUGUGCCAAUUGUGCACCGCCUCCUCCACGAAUACCUGAGCCAGUUUAACUUGGUGCCUGUCAUGAACCAGGAAGAGGUGGAACACUGGCUCCUACCCCGGGAGAACAUUAUCGACACAUACCUGGUGGAGAACGAUGGAAAGAUGACAGAUUUCCUGAGUUUCUACACACUGCCAUCUACCAUCAUGAACCACCCUGUGCAUCGCAGUCUAAAAGCAGCAUACUCCUUCUACAAUGUGCACACCACCACCCCUCUGCUCGACCUGAUGUCUGAUGCCCUCAUCCUGGCCAAGUCGAAAGGGUUCGAUGUCUUCAAUGCACUGGAUCUAAUGGAAAACAAAACUUUUUUGGAGAAGCUUAAGUUCGGCAUUGGUGAUGGGAACCUACAGUAUUAUCUGUACAAUUGGAAGUGUCCCAGUAUGGGGGCCGAAAAGGUUGGGUUGGUGCUGCAGUGACAUCCUUUACGCCAUAAAUAAGUGUCAUCCACGGGUCAGGAGACCAUACCAUCGCGCUGACCACCUGACAGAUGGGAGUUAUGACUUCAGGAAAGGAAAGCCCACCGCCCAUUUUUACUUUUUGACCUUUUGAAGUUUGACCUGCACUACUGCUGCCAGGCGGGGGGGGGGCCGGGGAGAGUCUUCAGCUCUUCCUCCUCACUCAGUCACAUGGACCUUAAGCCGUUGUAGUUACCAUCACAAACUACCAUAUGAAAUCUGAGAGCUGUCUUGAUUAUACCAAACACACACACAAGAACGGUUUGUACAGAUCACUGUAUACCAAACACUCACUGCUGGCAUACCUACGAUGCAUGUAAAUAAUAUCAAACAUAACUGCAGGUUAUUCCCUGACACAUACAGACUAGAACUUACGGUUUUAUUCCUAAAUGUUGGAAGUGCUUUUUGCAAUUAAAAUAAAUCUGUCAUCCUUACGUUUUAGAGAAAAAAAAAAUCAAUGAUCAAGAAAUAUUUUAAAGAGGACAAGGCUCAAAAGAUGAGGUAAUAAAUACCAAAAGUGGACACCA